UUUCGUAGGUAUAUGGUGAAUAAACCAAAAACUUAAGAGUAUGUGGUGAAAAAACCGAAAAAAAUACUAUUAAGUAGUAUAAAAAAAAAUAAUAAAAGUUAAUAAAAAAACCUUAUCCCCCAUUUUAGGAAAAAAGAAGACCCGCUGGUUUCUUGGUUUGAAAGAUAGCCUUCUUUAUAUGCUAGUUUCCUCCCUUACUUCCUGCAUCACUACCACUAGAUCUUCCUUCUCUUUGCAUUCCUGCUAUCACAUUUUCCGGAAUUUAACGCCGUCGCUUUCUCAUCAUUCAGGUGAAAUUUAUUGCUCAAAAAUGGCUGCUAAGCCCUCAAUAAUCGCGCUGUUCGAUGUGGAUGGCACCCUUACUGCUCCUAGAAAGGAGGUAACGCCUGAAAUGCUGGAAUUCAUGAAAGAAUUGCGAAAGGUUGUUCCUGUUGGUGUUGUUGGAGGAUCGGACUUAAUUAAGAUAUCUGAGCAACUUGGAAAGACAGUAAUUAAUGACUAUGAUUAUGUUUUUGCGGAGAAUGGACUUGUGGCUUAUAAAGAUGGAGCAGAGAUUGGCAUCAUGAGCUUGAAGAAACUUCUUGGAGAAGAAAAUAUCAAGGAGUUCAUCAAUUUUACGCUGAAGUACAUUGCAGACUUGGAUAUUCCUAUAAAAAGGGGAACAUUUAUAGAGUUUCGAAAUGGGAUGAUUAAUGUUUCACCUAUUGGGAGAAAUUGUAGUCAAGAAGAAAGAGAUGAAUUCGAAAAGUAUGACAAGGUCCAAAAAAUACGUUCAACUAUGGUUUCUAUAUUGCGUGAGAAAUUUGGUCACUUAAAUCUGACAUUUUCAAUAGGAGGGCAGAUAAGCUUUGAUGUUUUUCCUCGAGGUUGGGAUAAGACCUAUAGUCUGCGGUACCUUGAGGAUUUCAGUGAGAUUCACUUUUUUGGUGACAAAACUUUUGAGGGUGGAAAUGAUCAUGAAAUCUUUGUAUCUGAGAGGACCAUUGGUCAUACAGUUACCAGUCCUGAGGAUACAAGGAAGCAGUGUACAGAGAUCUUCCUGACCAAGAGAGAAUGAGACAUCUGCAGGACUGCAGACUACAUCAUAUGCUGACACUAAGUUUUUCUAGAAAAUGGACUACAAACCUAUACUGAACAUUAUAUUAAACAAGCAAAAAAUUCAUAUCCACAAAAUGCUGAAAUUCAUCAUAUACCUGUAUUAUUUGUAUAAGGAAGAUUUCCCUAAAAAUUGUUGAAUUGUAAAUUAAUUCCCUAUUUGAGUUGGUCUAAAAAUUUAUUCCCACAAUAUUGUCCACGUAGGUUUGGUAGAUUUUUUUUUAUUUUUUGCAAAGAACCGCUAACGGUGAUAGCGGUUCUAUACUUAUAAAACCGCUAAUGUCGUUAGCGGUUCUUGUAUUAGGUUGUUGUAUAAGAAAACUUCACAAGUUAAAACUCAAUAUAAGAACCGCUAAUGACGUUAGCGGUUUUAUAACAAGUAUAGAACCGCUAUCACCGUUAGCGGUUCUUUGUAAAAAAAAAAUUUUUAAAAAAAACACCAAACCUUUUUCCAAUCCUACGUGGACAAUAUUAUGGGAAUAAGUUUUUAAACCGACGCAAAUAGGGAAUUAAUUUACAAUUCAACAAUUUUUAUGGAAAUCAUUCUUUGUAUAACGUUGUAGGAAGAGAACUUUUAUUUUUCCUGGUAAAUGGCGUCAAGGAAUUUAUGCAAGCCUUGCCACUUUACUACAUUGUAUUUUUUGUUUUUGUUUUUUUGUGACAUUGGUGUACUUCAUUGUACGGAGCACUUUAAAGACAAAUGCUUGGUGUAAUAGGGAAUAAAUAUACGUUUUUGCUCUUA